UUCGUACAUUCGACAAUAAAGCAUAGGAGGCAAGUUAAAAGUGAACAUUUUAUUUAUUAUAGCCGUUUGUAAAUUUAUAGUGUUUUUGAUGGUGAGAUUUUUAUGGUAAAGGAGACAUAAACACACACAAUACAGGAAUAUCAAGAUGUGGCUUAGAGCCAUUUCCUUUUAUUUCCUGGUUCUAUCCAUAUACGGAAGACAUAUCCAGAAGAGGAGUAUAGACUUAAUAGCAGCACAUGGCUUAAUAACAGACCCAAAACUACCUGAAGACGUGGUUCCUCAGGAUUAUAUUAUCCAAAUACAUCCUUUGCCAGACAAAGGCAUUUUUAGCGGCAAAGUUUCGAUUAACUUUACAGUUCAAUCACCAACAAAAACAAUUGCAUUACAUUGCCAUCCGGAUUUGGAACUGGUUGAAACUAUAGUUCGACAAUUCACACGUUCCGAGGAGGAAGUGAAAAACAAAGUUUCUCCUGAUCAGUAUCCAAGAAGUUUGAUAAUUUCGGGUACAGAAAGAGAAAAGAAAAAUCCCAUCCUUCAGAUAAUUCUCAAAGACCCCAUCCAAGAAGGAGCUCUCUUUGAAAUAUCGAUGGGUUACACAGGAAAAAUAUUUAAUGACACUAGCGAAGGAUUAUUCAGAAGUAGUUACAUUGAUCCUCAAACGUCUCAAAAUAAAUGGUUUGUGGCGACACACUUGAGACCAAAUAUGGCCAGAAACGUAUUCCCUUCCUUUGACGAACCCGGUUACAAAACACCGAUAACUAUAAAAAUUGGCAGACAUAGAAAUAUGACUGCCACAUCAAACAUGCCUUUGGAGUCAACUGAACCCAUGGAGAAUUGGGACGGAUGGGUAUGGGAUACGUUUAAGAAGUCUCCUCCAAUGGCAACUUAUUCUGUUGGAUUCGUCGUAUCUGAAUUUAGUACGAUAAAAUGUACUAAAGUAUUGAAAGAUAAUCACACAUUAACCGGAUAUAACGUGGAAAUGGGAAUAUGGGCCAGACCUAAUUUUAUUAACGCUUUAGUAAAUGUUUCCGACAAAGUAAAUAGGUCAAUUCACAUAUUGGAAGACUUUUGGGCAAGACAAUAUCCUUUGCCAAAGUUGGAUCUCUUUGCUCUGCCCAACUACCAAGCUACUCGACCAGCAGAUAGUUGGGGAUUAUUAUUAUUUAAAGAAAGUGAUCUUAGUGGAAAAGGAUCAUGGCAUAUAACUCAUGAAUUGGUAUACCAAUGGAUUGGGGCUUUGGCUACUCCCUUCUGGUGGACUGAUGCACAAAUUAACAACGCUCUUGUACGAUAUGUUACAGCAUAUACAACAUUAAAGAUGAAUGACAAAGAAACCUUUAACAACUGGCCCAUGACAAUGUUAUAUUCAAUUUACUACGAAUUCAGCAAGAGAUAUCCACAUGGAAAAAGUACCGCUAUAAAGCAAGACACUACAUCAUCUAAAACAGAAUUAGUAUUUAGAAUGUUAAACUACACAUUGGGAGAAGAAACUGUAAAGAAAGGAUUACAGCGAUUUAUAGCCGACAGGGGAUUCAAAACAUUCUUUGGAGAUGACAUUUGGAACAGCAUCACUGAACAGGCUAGAGACGAUAAAACUUUGGAUGAAAAAAUUACUGUAAAUGAAAUAGCAGGGUCAUGGGUUACUAAAGAUAGAUUACCAGUUGUCACAGUACAAAGGAAUUAUGAAAACAACAGUGCAGUUUUAUCUCAAAGGGUGUAUUUAAGGGAAAGACCCCAUGAUGUCCCCGAUCAAGAGAAAUUUGUAUGGUGGAUUCCCGUUGUGAUGAUAAGACAAAAUAAUUUAGACUUUACGACAUUUAAACCAUCCGUUUGGAUGAAAAGAGAAAAGGAAAUCACCAUGACCGGACUUCCCGGAAAAGAUGAAUUUAUAAUCGUCAAUCCUGAAGAAAUAGGUCCAUUCCCAGUUAAUUAUGAUACGGAAAAUUGGAACAUGUUGGCGAAGUUCCUCUGCACGGAAAACAGACAGAAAAUACCUGUGGUCACUAGAGCCAAAUUGUUACAUGACGCGUGGAAUCUGGCAUAUGCCGGUAACCUAAACUUCGGCACUGCUCUGAACAUGACUCUGUUCUUAAAAUACGAGAGAGACUAUUUGGCUUGGGAUCCCGUUUUCACUUUAAUCGAUCACAUAGGCAGACACAUAGAUAGUUCCGCCGUCCAUAAAAAGUUCCAGUCCUAUGUGAGAAUACUUUUGACUCCAUUAUAUGAAGAACUGGGCAACGAACCACAAGAAGGUGAAUCUGAAGGAAGGGCGCAUCUUAGAAGUUCCACGAAAGUAUUCCUUUGUCAAGCCGGCUACAAACCAUGCAUAGAGGAAGCGCAAGAAGCCUACAAGAAAUGGAUGGAGAGCAAAAAUCCAGAUGAAGGAAACCCCGUUGCGAACCAGUACAUAUGUCCCGUAUUUAAAUGGGGCACCGAAGAGGAAUGGGAAUUCGGAUUGCAAAGAGUUAUUCAAUUUCCACCUGGAAGAAAACAAAGCGAAAGGACUUAUUUAUUGAAAACGUUGGCCGGCUGUCCGAAUGACGCGUCUAAAAUCGAAAAACUUCUUACAAUCACUGUCCUAGAGAAAAAUGGAAACUUCAGCGAUACAGAUGUGUAUCUGAUUUUCAGCAUGUUGACAGGUGGGGCAAAUGGUUACACCACAUUGUUUAAUUUCUUGAAAAAGAACUGGGAUGAAAUCAAAAAAAGGUUAGAAGACAAACCUUAUCUAUGGAAUAGUCUAAUUACCUCAGCUACCACCGUGUUUAAAACACAAGAAGGUCUCGACAUGGUAUCAGAACUGUAUGUUCAAAGACAAAGCGAAUUUGGUACUGCUGAUUUCGUUAUAGAAAAAGCCCUGAAGAAUAUUAAGGAAGAAACCAAAUGGAGUAACGACAAUCUUCCAAUCAUAGAGAAAUGGUUAGAUCAUUAUUUAGCAGUUAAUGACAUUGCCGAAGUUCCAAAAUAAUGUUUUAUAUAUUUACAUUUUAAUUAGUUAGAUAGCAACAAGUAUUUAUUCAAUGAUUCGAUUUCUGGUCAUUCUUCAAUGUAAUUUGAAUAGAAGAAUAGGUCUCUACAUAUUAUAAAAUAUAUAUUUUACCGUUUUAAAAUAUAUUUAUUUUGUAUCUGUUUUAAUUUUCUUAAAUAAAGUAUUGUGUAGA